GCAUUUGUAUUGAACCAAUUGAAAGAAGAAGAAAAAAACAUGGCAUUGCAAUUACAUAAUCUCUUCAUAAUAAUUUUUACCCUUCUAUUCCUCUCAACUCUUAUUCAAUCUACAACAUGUGCAUCAAACUCCACCACAAAAUCCACUUCAACAACCUACAAAAAGUUUUUAAAGACUCAAUGCAAUUCAACCACAUACCCAAAUGAUUGUUACAAGUCACUUUCUCCAUACACAUCAAAAAUCAAAACAAACCAAAUGACACUCACCAAAGUCUCUAUCUAUCUAGCUCUAAAAUCAGCAAGAAGUGCAUCAACCACAUUGAAGAAACUAAGUUCCAAGAAGCUAACACAUGAUGAAACAUUGGUCAUUGCCGAUUGCAGAGAAAACAUCGAUGACACGGUGGAUCUACUCGAGCAAUCGUCUGACGGGCUCGUGCAUUUGAAUGGUACUACAACUAGUGAUGAUAGGUUUAAAUGGGAUACCAUAAAGACAUGGAUGAGUGCUGCUAUAACUGAUGAGGGAACAUGUACGGAUGAGUUGGAUGAAAUGGAAGUGAGAUCUUCAAUAAAGAAGAUGGUUAACACAAGUGUUGGUAAAGUUACUUCUUUGACAAGCAAUGCUUUGGCUUUUGUUAAUAGGCUUGCCUAUUAAUCAUGGUUUUAAAUGUGUUCAACCGCCAUUGUGGCCGCAAUAUAAAAGAUUUUGAAGUCUCUGCAAUGGCAUCGCAAUUGCGAGCAUAUGGCUGCAUUUUGUGUAAUAUAAAGAUUUGCAGCAUUACUUCAAUUGAAAUUUAAAAACCUGUUUAUUAGUCAUUCAAUCAAGGAAACCAUUAUGUUGUAUGAUAUAUGUUUUGUUUUUUAAACAGUCAAAAUUGAUUAUUAGUAUUUGUUAGAAUAUGAUAUAUGUUUCCAUUCCAUAUAUACGACAAUUGGGCGUGUAAUUUUUCAUUUUUUAUUUUAGAUAUAGUUUAUACUAGUGUUGUUUCAUACCAAGGUUAAUGUAAAAUUUGUGGCUUUUACAAUGUGAUUAUUAUUCCUA